AUGGCGUCUCAACUUUCGGUCGACAGGAGCGUGCGGGUCAGCGUCCACACCAGCGGAAUGGAGUGGGCACCGUCUCCAUCUCCCUCUGUUUGGAGGAAGCGAGUUGCUCUGGAAGGCCCCCAAGAGUCUGGCAGAGUUACGUCUGUGGUGCGCUACGACGCCAACAGCCAGUUUAAUGAGCAUGGUCACCCAGAUGGUGAAGAGAUCUUGGUCCUUGAGGGUUCGUGGCAAGAUGCCAACGGAGACCAUCCCGCCGGCACGUACAUGCUCAAUCCGGAGGGGUUCCGUCACGCCCCGUGCUCCAGGGACGGUUGUGUGCUCUGGGUAAAGCUCCGGCAACACGGCGGCCCUUCUCGCAAGCACACUCGCCUCGACACCAACAGCAUGCAGUGGGAAGACACCGACAUCCCUGGGGUGAAGGCCAAGGAGCUGUAUUCGCACCCCGAUCAUGUCGAAUCCAUGCGAAUCGAGAAGUGGGAUGCUGGCGCAAAGGUCGAGCGCGAGUGCCAGAAGAUGACUGAGUUUCUGGUGCUUGAAGGGGAGGCUGAGGCACACGAUGCGAGCGAGACCUUCACAAAGCGGAGCUGGCUGAGGCUUCCCGCGGGAGCCACGCUGUCCAUGACAUCCGCAGCGGGCUGCCAAGUGUUCGUCAAGGAGGGGGAGUGGCUCCCGCCCAGCAGCAGCAACACCGACGCGCCGUGA